AGUGAGCCAGUUCAAUUUCGUGUGUAUAAAUCUCUUAAAGUGUGGUCCCUGUAUGCAGACUUGGAGGAAAGUUUUGGGACAUUUAAGUCUGCAAAGGCAGUGUAUGACCGGAUAAUUGAUUUGAAGAUUGCCACACCUCAGAUUAUCAUCAAUUAUGGCCUGUUUCUGGAAGAGAACAACUAUUUUGAGGAAGCAUUUAAGGCUUAUGAAAAAGGUGUUGCAUUGUUUAAGUGGCCCAAUGUUUUUGACAUCUGGAACACAUACUUGACCAAGUUCCUGAAACGUUAUGGUGGCACCAAACUAGAGCGGGCUCGGGAUCUUUUUGAGCAGUGCCUCGAAGGUUGCCCAGCAAAAUUUGCAAAGGCUUUGUAUCUUCUAUAUGCCAAGCUGGAGGAAGAGCAUGGUCUUGCACGCCAUGCAAUGGCCAUUUAUGAUCGUGGCUGCAAAGCUGUGCUGCCUGAGGAACAGUUUGAAAUGUUCAAUAUAUACAUCUUGAAAGCAGCUGAAAUAUAUGGAUUGACACACACCCGUGAAAUCUACGAACGUGCCAUUGAGCUUCUGCCAGACACCCAGGCUCGACUCAUGUGCGUGCGCUUUGCUGACCUUGAGCGCAAGUUGGGCGAAAUUGACCGUGCUCGAGCCAUAUAUGCACACUGCAGUCAAAUGUGUGAUCCACGGACAACAGCUGACUUCUGGAACACAUGGAAGGAGUUUGAGGUGCACCAUGGAAAUGAGGACACCAUGAGAGAAAUGCUAAGAAUUAAGCGCAGUGUACAGGCCAUGUAUAACACCCAGGUCAACUUCAUGACAGCUCAGAUGCUGAGUGCAACUGCCAGGGAGACAGCAGCUGCAGGAGGCAUUGAAGACGCUCCAAUAGACUCUAUGCAGCAGUUGGAAGCAGCUGCUAAGUUGUUGGCUGAUGAGGCAAGGAAAGACACUGCAAGAAUGCCUGGGAAGGACAUACUUUUUGUCAGGGGUGGCACUACGGAAGAUGAGCAGAGCUUAGCAGAACGAAGCCGUACUACAAACCCAGAUGAAAUCAGCAUAGAUGAUGAAGAUGGCUCCGAUGAUGACCAACAAGUUGAAGAGGUGGCUGUGGAACAAAGAUCUGUUCCAGAAGAAGUCUUUGGCGAUCUCAAAAAAUAAGCAGCGAAAUUAUAGCCUGUCAGAUAAUGCUUGUGCAUUGCUGUAGGCAGCAAUAAAAUAAUUUUAUUCUGAU